CCCGGUCUCCUGGGUGAAAGUCCUGUGUUUGACCCAUCCACCCCCCCACCAGCCUCCUACGUGGAAUUUCGCCCUUACAUACUACUCACUAAACCCUGUGUAGCUGCUGCUCUCUCCGGUACAUUCUAAAACACGCUGAAGGGCGCUUCUUUCAUCGCUUCAGACGCUGACAACCACUGUCCAAACGUCCAUAUUUUACGAGUUCAGAGUGAGAACGAGUUGCCACGCGCCACCACCCCUCGCCUAAACCAAGCAGAGUAUAUUCAGUAAGUGAGAACGUGUCUGACACGGACAAUCUACUGUUGGGUGCGACAUGUUAGAAAGGGACACACCGGACUAGGUCUGCACCUGAUUCUUUGGACUCCUGACCCUGAUAACCCCUUUCCUGCCAGGUUCACCAGCUGCUCCUUGGCUGGUUAGGUUUGCAUUCUCUGUUUGCCAACCUGGUUCUGACCUUUUGAUUGUUUAUGGGAUUAAAAAUGUUAGACUUGCUCUUAAUGUACUAUCUCAAGUUGAGCUUUUGGGUGACUGGAAACAUUACAAACUGGUCUGGUUUGUGUAUGUCCCACGAAAGGCAACCCUGUGUGUUACGAUGACAACACACAGGGUCAAAUAAACCUUGAACUCUGGCUCCUUUUGCGUUAUUGAUUAGGGGGGUGAAGAAAAGAAGGAAGUAGGAAGAAGUAUUAUAAGAUUAAAGAAGAGAGACGAAAGAAGAUUGUAAAGGUCAUCCUCGUCCAUACUAUUACCAUUUUAUUCGGUGUUUUGUUCUUGUAGAUUGUUGUCUGGUGUUUUAUCUUUGCUCUAUUUACUUGACUGUAUUCAAUUUUAUUUCUUUGACUGAAGUCCUUUGUGACUGGUGUCUGUGAAAGGUGCUAUAUGAAUACACUUUGCUUACUAUAACGGGCAUGUGCCUGUAUACUGAGAGGUGGAGCAACACUGAAAGAGAAGAGCUUCUACGUCAUAUUUCAUAUUUAAUCAGAUGAAAGUGAAAGAUAGUCUCAGUUACUCCAGUGCUGCUGUGGAGACAAGUCUCUGUGUUUCUCUCUCAAGAAAGAUUCCUCAAAAUCCAUUAGGUUUUUGUCAAUAAAACAGCAGAAUCUGCGCCAAUAGCUGGUGAGUAUCUGCCCAAAUUUAGUCGAACCAGAUUCUGACUUUUUUUUUUACGUGUACAUAAAAUGUAAAAGAUUUAUAAAAAAAUUUCAAUAUGUACAUGUAGUAUCUAAAAACAGAUUUAUCAGUCUUAUAGUCCUACAUCUGUGAAGUUUUGAUAGAUUGGUUCAGGAUGUUACACUGAUUUAAGUAUGCUUACUAGGACUAGAUGUUAGAAUCACUUGAUAUUCAGCACAAGCACUGUUGUUGGAGAUGUCCUCUUGGGUGGGGUUGGAUUGGGAGAUGAUCCGGUGCCUCCAUCAGUUGUGUACCCCGGCCUCAUUGGGUUUUUCAACCUUUUAUUACACCCUCACCCAAGGCUGGCCCACCGCAGGCUGAUCAGACCUGGGGGUGUAUCGCAUCGGAGGCUCCAUGAGGUCACUUGGCAGCCCAUACAGUCUCCUUCCGUUUCAGCCACAGCGAGUGACUGCUUCUUUCGGCAACAGUUGCAAGUGAUGUCAACCUUGUUCCCAGAUCUCAGAUAUUAACUAGUCCAGGCUGAGCAAUGGACACAGCCAGCAGGACGAUGGAGGUGGCGGCGCUCGGCCGGCCUUUUGGCCUCGGGAUGUUGUACGACUGCCGCACAGACUCACUCAUCCAAGCUCCGUUUUCUCUUCCAGGACCUUUCAGGUCAGGAUGCUGACGUCCACUUCAAUCCAUCUGACAGAAACGCUGCAAAUGAUGUCAACCUUGUUCCCAGAUCUCAGAUAUUAACUAGUCCAGGCUGAGCAAUGGACACAGUCAGCAGGACGAUGGAGGUGGCGGCGCUCGGCCGGCCUUUUGGCCUCGGGAUGUUGUACGACUGCCGCACAGACUCACUCAUCCAAGGAAUGACAUUGUGGGACUGUGAUGACCUGAAAGAUCAUAUUGGAGAAAGACCGCAGAACUAUAAUGAUUUUGAGAUAGUUGCAUCUGAAUCAAUUGCAGAUAAAACUUCAGCACUAAAUGUUGAAGCAUCACUUAAGGCAAGUUUUUUUAGUGGACUGGUAGAGGUUGGAGGAUCGGCCAAAUACCUGAAUGACAGUAAGACUUCUAAAAAUCAGGCCAGAGUAACUCUGAACUACAAAGCUACCACAAAGGUCAAGGAACUGUCGAUGGAUCAUCUUGGAAGAGGCAAUGUGAAGCAUCCGUAUGUCUUUGAUAAAGGAUUAGCAACACAUGUAGUCACAGCUAUUCUUUAUGGGGCACAAGCCUUCUUUGUCUUUGACCGUGAGGUGUCCGAAAACGAAGAUCAUCAAGACAUUCAGGGCAACUUGAAGGUGAUGAUCAAUAAGAUACCCAGCAUUACAAUAGAGGGUGAAGGUUCCCUGACAAUGGUAGACAACGACAAAGAAAAGGUUGACAAAUUCUCCUGCAGAUUCUUUGGAGACUUUUCAAUUCAGAAACCACCUACAACGUUUCAGGAUGCUGUAGAAGUCUACCAAAGCCUGCCAAAUCUGUUGGGAGCUAACGGAGAAAAUGCAGUACCAAUGAAGGUCUGGCUGUUGCCAUUGACAAUUUUAGAUUCUUCUGCUGCUAAACUCAUCCGUCAGAUAAGUAUAAGAUUAGUUCAAGAAUCACAGAAUGUCCUGGAGGACUUCAGUGAGCUGGAAAUGAGGUGCAAUGAUGCACUGAGGACCACCACUGCACAGCAGUUCCCACAGAUUAGCAAAAAGAUUAAAAGUUUUAAAGAACUGUCCUCUGAGUUCAAGCUGGGCUUCCAACAAACCUUGGCAAAGAAACUUCCGUCAAUCCGAGGAGGAGGAGAAGAGGAGGAUGGGCUCGUAGAGAUCCUGAAGAAGAGACAUUCUUCUCCUUUCAACAGCAAAAACCUGAACGAGUGGAUGGACUGUAAAAGAAAGAAAUCGACACAUUGAUGUCUUUCACCAACAUGAUGAAAAACACCAGGAUCGUCUCAUCUCAAACAGACGUGUCCACACAAAGUUUCAGUGCAGACCAUGCUGUGUGUUUUGUCUUCACCUCAUUGGGACGUGAUGAACCGUUACCUCUCAGCUUUAUCAAACUACUUAAAACAAACAACAGACGACCUUCAAGGUGCACAUACCCACGAUGUAGAGAAGGAACAAUGGUACGCCUCAAGAGAAGUAGUAAAAGAAAUGAGGCAUAAAGCAAAGCUCUUCAGUGACUUUGCAGAGGCCAACAAGGAGAACAACAAGAUUAAGUUCCUGACAGUGGGUUCAACAAAUGACACACAGAAAGGUUCAAGCAUCUGCCUUUAUGAAGACGGCUUUUCUGUCAGUGAGAACUUUGAGCCGCCUUCAAAGCCUGAAACAGUGACAGUAAGUGAUAUAAACUACAACAGUGUAACUCUGAAGGUUUCUCCACCCAGAUUUGGAGCAGAGGUCAUCACCUCCUACUCUGUUGAGUACUGUGUCAGUGGAGAGGAUGAAUGGAAACAGAAGACAGCAUCAAAAGCUGAAGAAGUCACAGUGAGCGAUCUGAGUCCGAACACAGAGUAUAUGUUCAGAUGCAGAGCAGUGACCUCAGUAGGUGUUGGGCCAGCCAAUGAAGUCAGUGGUUCAACUAAAACGUUACCUUGUAGCUCUCCUGGAAAACCUCAAGUUGAACCAAACUCAAGAGAGAUAUCUGUUAGCUGGAAGAAACCUGCUGAGCUUGGACAAGGUGUCCACAUUUUGAGCUACAUCGUGGAGUACACCAAACAGACAAAGGGAUGAAAGAGGAAGAUUUCCAAUGGAAUGAAAUGAUGGUAGAAGCUGAAAAGGCAAUAAUAUCAGAGCUUCAGUCAGAGACAGAAUAUGUUGUCAGGGUCAGAUGUGAUUGUGGUGAAGCUGGCAGAAGCAAAGAAAGCAUCCCUGUUAAUGUCUGCACAACAAAGUUUACACUAACAGAAUCCCUGAAAAGCACAAGCGAAAAGAUUAAUUCUGAUUCACCAUCAGUUUAUAAACUGACUCUGACAGAAGAAGAUAUGAACAUCGAUGGAUGCCGAAGAUUCAGUUUUGGCAGAGAAAGCACAAGGCAGAAUCACACUAUAAUGCUUUUUGGGGUGACCGGAUCAGGAAAGUCCACUCUGAUCAAUGCAAUGAUCAACUACAUAGUUGGUGUAGAAUGGAAGGACAGUUUCAGAUUCAAAUUAAUUGAUGAGGAUCAGUCGAGAUCACAAGCUAAAAGCAAGACCUCUGAAGUCACUGUGUACAAAAUCAACCACCAGGAUGGUUUUAAAAUCAACUACUCACUGACCAUUGUUGACACUCCAGGCUUUGAAGAUACAGGAGGCAUAGAAAGAGACGAGGAGAUCAUUGCACAUCUGCACGCAAUCUCUUCUCUGCUGAGUGUUUCAGUGAAAUUGACGCUGUGUGUUUCGUAGCUCAGUCUGCUUUAGCACGACUCACAUCAUCACAGAAAUGUUUGUUGGAUUAUCUGCUCUCAAUCUUUGGCAAAGAUGUGGCAGAAAAAUCCGGGUUCUGGUGACAUCUGCAGACAGCCAGCAACCACCAGUUCUAGAGGCAAUCACUGCUUCAGGUGUCCCAUGUCCUAAAACAAAAGACGGGCUUCCAGUUCACUUCAAAUUCAAUAAUUCAGCGUUGUUUGCAGACAACACAUCAUCUGCAGCAGACAGCAUGAGUGAGUAUGAUGAUGAUGAUGGAGGAUUUGAUCAGAUGUUUUGGAACAUGGGGACAAAAGGCAUGAAGAGGUUCUUUGUUGCUUUGAAUGUCAUAGACACCAAAAGCUUGACAAUGACGAAAAACGUCCUCAGAGAAAGAGAGCAGUUUGAGAAGUCAUAUGAAGAUUUGCACAAGCAGGUUAAAACUGGGCUAGCCAAGCUUGAGGAGAUAAGAGGGACAACUGAAUAUUUUCCUACGAUGUCUGAGGUGAACACACUGAUAGAGAGAUCUACUGAGUGUUUCAACAAACUUAAAGAGAAAACACUGAAGUCAGAUCCUCUCUCUACUGACCAGUACAUUGACAUGCUUAUUGAGGGAGAGAAAUCUGAGGCCAAGCCAGGCUGGGAGCAACGAGUUCAGUUCUUGACCAUCAUAGAUAGACGUUAUCACAGUUUUCUUGGAGCGAUCGGUAUAAGUCUUAUUAAUCUUUAACAUCCAAGACAAAGAGGAGAUCCAUUCUGACACAGAUAAUAAAGAAAAACAUAAAAGAUAGAUAAAAGGGAAACACAGAAUAACAUGUGUGAUGAUAAAUAUUUAAGUGUGACCACAUUUAGUUUUUGGACCAUUAACUUUCUGUCACCAUUACCACCAAUGUAUAAGUCUGCAGCCCUAUCUCUGCAAACCUGAACAUUUGUAUUUACAUUGUUAAAUUCAGGUUUUUAAACCGUAAUAUCAGCCUUUUGUUACAUUUUUAAGUUUCUUUUAUCUACUCUUCAAUUUAUUUUCUCUGAGAUAUGAAAAACAUAAUUAACGUGAAUAAUGUUAAAGACUUAUUGUAUUGAUGUGUAUUCAUUAACAUGUUAUUGUCCUGUCCUCCUGAAUCAUAAAGAAACGUUUUUUUUGAAAAUACAUUUUAAUCAGCAAUACAAAUCUUAGUAUAAGGAGGUUCACAUAAAGGUUUAAAUAUAUUUCUUUUCUUUAACCCUGUUCAUAUUUUUACACUGGGUUAACAGCUUCCUGCUCAGUUUAACAUGUUUAUCCACUAUUAGAUUAGAUAUUAAAGUGCCCAUAUU